GGGUCAACCAAUCAUUACAAUUACAGAAGCGGAACAAGAAUGCACCACUGCACCAGUAACAGUCAGCAACCUUUUGAAGUACUGUAGAAGGUUACGCUUGUAAUUUUUAGAUUGAACCAUGGAGAAAUAAAACACACUGCCAAUCGAUUCUACAGACAUGAGACAGACGAGUGUUAGUUUGUGUAACUUAGCGUUGCAACACAGUUGAAAAUCAUGCGGUUAUACACCCGGCGGUAGUAUGGUUUUGCAGUAAUCUAAUUUCAGUGCGCUGUUUUCUUAAGACAAUCCCCAAAAUAAUCAUGCAGUACUUCUAACUCCGGACGCUACAUAUGGCGUGGACAUCUCACAGUAACGUAAAUCAUUUUAAAAAGGCCGUGCAUGUUAGAAGAGUUUUAGAUUGUCGUAAGUGAUCAUUCGGUUAGUUUCUUUAGGGGGGUGAAAAUUGAUACCCUUUACUUUCUAUACAACGUCUUUUUUCACUUGCAAAGAAAAUGGGGUUUGCAUGCAGCUUUUACACAUGCCAAAGAUCUUUGCAAGAAAUUCUUACAGACAAAAAUGUCAUGAUAGGAAUAAAAAAACACACCAAAUGAUUAGAUUACAAUUACUUCUCGAAACCUUAAGUUCCAGCAUAGUGUUGCUAUGCUUUGUGUACACUGGUUGUCCCAAAUUCACGUUGCUUUGUUUCUGAACCUGUAGUCUUCAUACCGUAACAACCUGCAUCAUUUUACAUACAAAUAUGUCGAAGCACUGAAAAACAGCUGGCUUUCCAUACACGGAAAUGAUCCCUGUACAUUGAUUUUGCGAAAAAUAAAUCGAAACAAGUAGCCGGGCCCAGUAUGUUUCUCCGAAUACCAGUCUUGCGGAACGUAAAGCAUUCCUGUGUUUAGAGUUGUGUUGUCAGUGCUGUGCUGAAUAAACUUUGCAAAUUCAAUUUCUGUACACCUUCAUUGAACUUUGGUCUGGCCAAGAUAUAAAAUGUACACCCCCCUUGCUUUGUGAAUUAGAACUUCGGCGCAACAGUCACGGGAUCAGUUUUUUCGGCAAUGCAAAUCUUACUUUACACCAACUGGCUCAACACUGUCGAGCAGAUAUGCAACUAACAAAUUACAUCCAUUUUUGUAAUAUGUAAGACACAAUGAAAAAGUGAUCUUCAGACCGCCCACUCAACUUUUGAUCGACGUUGUCAAUAUAAAUCCGUGGUCUAUUAUUGAAUGGUCGCGCGACAGUCCACUCUCAAAAUCACGCCCCAAUUUAACGUCUGACUUGAAUGGCCCCUACCUUGGCAUAACUUAGUACCUCACGAGCGUGUGGCAUAUACAUGCAUGUACAACCGUUCCCGCACGGACGAAGUUGCUGGCCUUGUGGCUGUUCUGCGAAUUUUGCAGCCAGGUGCUCUGAACUCAAAAUUGAAAGACUACGAAAGACGAAUAAGUUUGCUCGAGAACCGAAUUGUGGAGCUGGGGUUGGUGCUCAAGAAGACACAGGCAAGACUGCAUGAACGUGAGCAGAUACCCCCACCUUUCUUCGAUAGGCCUGAACUUGAUCCAAACUCAUUGUCCAGUGAUAUUCCACUUAAUCCUGCAACAACUGAGGAAAGUGAUGAAUGGAUCAAAGAAGCCUCAAAUGCAAAGGGUGAUGCUUCCAUCUUGGGAGAAAGCGUCAGCGUACAACCCCAUAUCGUGGUCAACUCAAAGCAAGAUUAUCAACAUGGUUUCAAUGCGCGCUGGUUGCGCUCACCCAGCCGUCGACGUCAGCGAGAAAGACCGGACAGAGAAUCAAAGCAGUGCCCGCGGAGAUGUAAAGGUGCAAAAGGGGAAAAGGGGGACGUAGGUCCAGUGUCUUAUGGCGGUGAAAAGGGAGAAAAAGGAGAGAGAGGACCACCCGGAGAAUGUGAAUGUCAUUGGCCAACAACUGAACCGGAAACAACCUAUACAACGACCCCAUCUCUUACUCCGCAGGGACCCUGGGUACCUCACUGGUCUGAUGCCCGACCAGCAGCAUUACUUGCCGCUCAUUUUGAGGGAGGUAGACUUGCCACCAUCAAUACUGGUGAAAGGCGGGAUCCGAUAAACAGGGGAUAUGUCGACUUAAGUGAAAUCGAUGGUGGUUGGGUUCCAUACUGGAGAUAUGCUCAGUGGAUGGAUGAUGGAAUCAGGAACAAGUUUAUAUUGCAUCGCCGUGGCAAUGUCACUGUGGUAGAGGGAGGAAUCUACUAUGUUUACAGUCAGAUGCUGUAUUACGACCCGAGUGUGUUCAUGGGCCAUAGUUUGUACAUAGGAGGCCAGAAACGCUUCAGUUGCACCGAAUGCACAAUAGAUCGUGAUCGUAAGUUUAACACUUGCUACAUAGGUGGCUUAGUGCAAAUCAAUCCAGGAGAGGUGGUUGGAGUUAAAGUGUCAUAUGCAAAUAGAGUCAUUAACUUGAACCCCGAUAGUACGCAUUUUGGGAUGAUAAGACUUUCUUAAAGUAAACAAUUAGUUAAUGCUGUGAUACUGAAUACAUGGUUCGAGGGAAUUCAUGAAAGGCGAAUACAUUAAAAGAUUUGUUUGGCAUUACACAACCCGUUAUAGCGAUAAAAGUAGUCCCAUAUGAAAUAACUAACGUGGUAGGCUGUAGAAUCUAGGUUUGACGAUACACUUAUGCAUGCACACCAAUUUCUAAACUACAUUUCUUCAUUAAUUAACCAAUAGAGGUUUUGCGUGGUAGCCAUCUUGCAGGGCAGUUCAUUUGUUUUGUGCAUACCCUGUGGAACAAAAGCUCUGGCAUGUAAGAUGUCAACCAUACAAACCUUCAAUAUCAUAAAGUGACAUUUUUGUCCCGAAAUAUUGAAGGACAUACUUUGUACAUUUAUUUAUGUACUCGGUAUAUUUUGCGUAUCUCUGAAAGUCUUUAGGUUUUUCACAAGUAUUGCUAAUCGAUAUUUGUGGAUUUUACCGUUGAAGAUUGGGGGAAUCAGAACAUGACCAUACUCAGAGUGAGGUCCGUGGUUGAAAUAAUUAUUGAUUAAUGGAUACUUUUUGCAAGAGACGUAGCUUGUCAUUUACAGCAAUCGUUGGGCUAAUCACACAUUUCUACUCAUGCUAGUUAAUGCCAUUUUAGAUGAUCAGUGAUUGCGUUGUAUAUCAUGUAAACGCAAUACAACCUUUGCAAACAACAUUGGAACUCGAUUUAAUUAGAUAAGUCUACUGAAAAUGUUUAGGUUAUUGAAAAAUGGAGAUGACUAUAUUAACAGUUCAAAAGAACCCGUGACGUGAACUCUUUCAUUCGUCCGUAAUUCCUCGGUGUCUAUAAGAUAGUCACGGUAUUAAAUCUGGAGAGUGUACACUGAAUUCACUUCUCAAUGAGCUAUACUUGCUCUGCGAUUUAAUUGGCUGUUAUACGGCCGAUCUUGUUUAAACCUUCCAAAGUGAAAAGUGUUUCUCGCAGGUUGCAGAAAAUAAAGUUUUAUAAAGAGCAAGGGUCAGGAUGCAAAUAUUCAAAAUAACUGAUUCAAAACACAACUCAUGCAGUGAGCAACUUUAUAGCUCAAGAGUGCAGCAUUGAAAUAAAAUUUAAUAGAAUGAGACUUGGGUAAAAUUUUCCUAAUUUAAGAGUAAAAAGCGAAAGGUUGUCACAUGGGUAAACGUUUUACCGAAAUUUGUCGUGCAAAUCUGUUGCACAAAAAUGGGUGAAAUGUUACACUGAAAAUAGUGAGUUCUUUUUAUGAUUUUGCUGUUGUGAAAAAAAACCAGAAGUGCAUGGACGAGUAUGUUCAAAGGGUUGUAAUUUUAUAUCCAAUAGUGGGUAAUUAGUUUUUAAGAGUGUACCAAGCAUAAGUGCUCGUUACGUCAUUUUUACGUUCACUUAUAUAUACAGUUGUACUGUGUGUUGUGUAUAAUUGUAGAGGUUUUAAUAUUUUAACCCUACUUUUAAACUUGGUUAUCCCUUCGAUUAACCGAAUUUGCUCUUUCAAAUGAGGGAAUCGCUUUUUAUUUCUGUGGUUCUCUUUUCUCUUUGAAGUAGGGGAGACCUUUCCCAAAAAAUGAAAAUCUAAAGAAAAUGAAGUUACACAGGCAUACACAUGACUAAAUGAACCUAUGCAAGUGUGUAUUGUCUCUUUUUUUAUUGUGCGUUUACCUUAGGUUGAUAUCCUCCAAACGCAGUAAUAAAGCCAUCUUCGGUAAUUUGA